AUGUUCAAAUCAACCCAAGCACUAUUUGGCGGUCUUCUCUGGUGCGAAGACCCCGUGGCGUCUCUCCUCCCCCAGAAGGCACGACAGCGCAAGCGCCUGCGCUCCGUGGACCGCGUCGUUGACACCGUCAGUGCCGCACUCGAGCGCAAUGGCCAGACCUCCAAGGCUGUGAGCCGGUGGUUUGCGGAGAUGCCCCGCGAGGAGGAAAUGCUGCCGAAGGACAAGUACACUCUCUUCGAUAAGAAGGAGAAGAGCUACCGGAAGAGCAUUCACAAGCUGCCCAAGUGGACUCGUGUCAGCCAACGUGUCAACCCUCCCGGUUUCUAA